AUGAACAGAACAAACAAUGAUACCUGUUUUUUCUUUGAAAAGAAAUUUGUCGACCUCGAUAGAACAGAGGACGUUUUUAUCACAGACGUCUUUGCGGUUACCCUAAAUUUUUUGUUUUCUUUAAUAACAUGUGUGGGAAACUUUCUCAUUGUAUUUGCGAUUGGAAAAACCCGAGAUCUUCAUUCGCCAUCUUUCGUCCUUUUGGGUUGUUUGGCAGUUUCGGAUCUUCUUGUUGGGCUGAUAUGUCAGCCACUUUUAGCGGCGUUCAAAAUAGCUGAACUUAAAAGUAAUUAUACGGCGCGCUGUACAUUGGAGAUGCUUCUGCACACAACAGGGUGGAUGACGUCUGGCGCAUCUGUUCUGACUUUAGCUACGGUGUGUGCUGAUCGAGUUCUGUCACUAAUCCUACAUUUACGAUACAAAGCCCUGGUAACUAUUCCGCGCAUUUUUAAAGCUUUUUCUGCUGUGUGGAUCGCAUCGAUCACAGUUGUAGUUGUUAGGUUUCGUAUGGGUACUGGAUGGUCUUUCGUUGCGAUUGUCGGAUUUCUUCUUCCCUUCCUUGUCAUAGCCGUUUGUACGUUAAAAAUAUUUCAGGUUGUUCGAAGACACCAACGCCAGAUAAACGAUCAAUCUGAGGCUCUCAGCUAUCUUCAAUCCAACACAGUAAAUGUACUCAAGUGCAGAAAAUCAGCCGUGACAGUGCUUUAUAUUUAUGGUCUGUUCGUUAUUUUCUACCUGCCCUACUUUGUAGUGAUGGUUUUGCAAGUGUACGUUGUUGGAUUGACAAGAACAGUAAGGAUUGCCUGUGACUAUGCUACGACUGCUGUUUUUAUGAACUCUUCUUUGAAUCCGCUGGUGUAUUGCUGGAGAAAUAGAGAGAUAAGACGAGCUGUAAAGAAUAUCUUGAGAAGGGAUCGAAUGAUA